AGGAUGUCGCGCAGAAAGAGAAAUGCAGGAAGCAGUUCAGAUGGAACAGAAGACUCAGAUUUCUCUACAGACCCAGAGCAUACAGACAGUUCAGAAAGCGAUGGUACAUUACGCCAGUCUGCCCGUGUGACACGAUCUUCUGCUAGGCUCAGCCAGAGUUCUCAAGAUUCCAGCCCAGUUCGUAAUCCACCAUCAUUUGCAAUAGAAGAGCCUGUUUAUUCUACUCGAAGAAUAACCCGCAGUCAGCAGCAGCCUACUCCUGUAACUCCAAAGAAAUAUCCUCUGCGACAAACGCGUUCAUCUGGUUCUGAAACAGAGCAAGUGGUUGAUUUUUCUGAUAGAGACACAAAAAAUGCAGCUGACCAUGAUGAGUCCCCACCCCGCACUCCAACUGGGAAUGCUCCUUCUUCAGAGUCUGAUAUUGAUAUUUCUAGUCCCAACAUGUCACAUGAUGAAAGUAUUGCCAAGGAUAUGUCCAUGAAAGAUUCAGGGAGUGAUUUAUCUCAUCGUCCCAAAAGACGACGUUUUCAUGAAAGCUAUAAUUUUAACAUGAAAUGUCCCACCCCUGGCUGCAAUUCAUUAGGACACCUGACAGGAAAACAUGAGCGACAUUUCUCUAUAUCUGGAUGUCCUCUGUAUCAUAAUCUUUCAGCUGAUGAAUGCAAGGUGAGAGCUCAAAGCCGAGACAAACAAGUGGAAGACCGGAUGCUUUCUCAUCGACAGGAUGACAACAAUAGACAUGCUACCAGGCAUCAGGCACCAACUGAAAGACAAUUGAGAUACAAGGAGAAAGUCGCAGAGAUGAGAAAGAAAAGGAAUGCAAGCUUAACUAAGGAGCAAAAGGAAAAAUACAUGGAGCACAGACAAACCUAUGGCAACACUAGAGAGCCCCUUUUAGAGAAUCUGACCAGUGAAUAUGACCUAGAACUAUUCCGACGAGCGCAAGCAAGAGCUUCUGAAGAUCUAGAAAAGCUGCGACUUCAGGGCCAAAUCACUGAAGGUAGUAAUAUGAUCAAAACAAUUGCUUUUGGCCGCUAUGAACUGGAUACCUGGUACCAUUCUCCCUACCCAGAGGAGUAUGCCCGGCUUGGGCGACUCUAUAUGUGUGAAUUCUGCCUCAAGUAUAUGAAGAGUCAGACAAUUCUUCGUAGACACAUGGCAAAAUGUGUCUGGAAGCAUCCUCCAGGGGAUGAAAUUUAUCGUAAAGGUUCAGUCUCAGUAUUUGAAGUAGAUGGGAAAAAGAACAAGAUAUAUUGCCAAAAUUUGUGCCUCCUGGCAAAACUCUUCUUGGACCAUAAGACUUUGUAUUAUGAUGUUGAACCAUUUCUUUUCUAUGUCAUGACAGAAGCUGAUAACACAGGAUGCCACCUAAUAGGCUAUUUUUCCAAGGAGAAGAACUCAUUUCUCAACUAUAACGUUUCUUGCAUCCUGACAAUGCCUCAGUACAUGAGGCAGGGUUAUGGCAAAAUGCUUAUUGAUUUCAGCUAUUUACUCUCCAAAGUGGAAGAGAAAGUUGGCUCUCCAGAAAGGCCCCUCUCAGACUUGGGACUUAUCAGCUACCGUAGUUACUGGAAGGAAGUUCUUCUCCGUUAUCUGCAUAAUUUCCAAGGCAAAGAAAUCUCCAUCAAAGAAAUUAGCCAAGAGACAGCUGUCAAUCCUGUUGACAUUGUUAGCACUCUGCAAGCCCUUCAGAUGCUCAAGUACUGGAAAGGCAAACACCUGGUACUAAAAAGACAAGAUCUUAUUGAUGAAUGGAUAGCCAAAGAGGCCAAAAGAUCCAACAGCAAUAAAAUCAUGGAUCCCAGCUGUUUGAAAUGGACCCCUCCCAAAGGCACUUAAAUAACCAGUCUUUCCAAGAAGUGUGAACAUCCCAUUUAUGUGCUGCCAUCAUCACCACUGUGGGUACUUUUUCAUUUCCCAGCACUAGAAACAUCCUUCCAGAUCUUGGACAUGUGAUUGCUCUUGUUACCAGCUCUUCCCUUUUAGAUAUUUCUGCAGUGUUUUACUUUUUAUAGAACAUUUUCGACCAGACACCUUGUCUGUGAGGCAAGAUUGAAAAUAUGAGAGUUCUGGACAAUAUUAACAUGGCCUCAAGAAAGUACAGUAAGAUUUAGUUGCUCCUCCAUCAGUUAUUUGCUCCUAGCACAAAAACCUGGAUUGGUUCUCACAUUUUUAGUUUUAUAACUUCUGUUUAGCCCUCUGAGAUGUAGUCCACCUAUGCAAUAUAGUGGAAUAGCAAAUGUGAUGGAAAGGAUCAUAUUUCUUCAUUUUACUGAUGGGGUAGUAGAAGGGCAGUAGAAAGAUCAAUUUUAAAUUUCUCUGUUAAAAACAAAGUAAAGCUAGUGGGGCUAGGGACAGAUAUUCUUAUUAGUCCCAUUUCUAUACUAGCUUUCAUUUGCAUGUUUUUAAUAGAUAAGAGAGCACUAAAAAAAACCCAAUGCUGUGCCUGUGUUCUGAAAUGCUCCAAUCUAUUCUAUUCAUCCUACAUUUCCCUGCCAUUCUGCUGCAUGUGUAUAUACAGUCUAUAUGUCCAUGAGACUAUUUCCUAACCACAUGGUGACAAGGUACAAGUAAGAAAUGAUCCAGCGCUUCCUAGAAUCCUGAAUUGCUUCUGGAUGUGCAAAUUUCUCACAUUUAUUUGCAGAACCUAAAACUUUUUUGAUCGUGACACCUGUGUAUUCCAACAUUUUCAUCAAAAUAUUUUUCCCACUUCAGUCCACCAAAAGAGUUGAUGGGCAAGGAAGCUCCAAACUGGCUUUGAUUUCUGAGAAUAGCAAUGGUCUUAUAAUUCUGGAUACAGGGUAUCAAAAGCAAUGAGUCAGUCCUCUGUGAAUUGGAUUUUGUAGCUGGGAUAGUCAGGUCUCUGAGGGGGAGAUAUCAGGCAGGAAAGAUGCCACAUUACCUGGUCUUGAUAGCAUGCCUAAAUGGAAAGACAAGAUGCCAUCACUCAAUCUGUUGUAAUUUUGGAGAAGUGACUUCCAAUACACUUCAAGAGUCAAUUAAAAUUAACUUGGUGGGGAAAAAAUUGCAAGAUCAACAUUUGAACCUUGGCAUAGCAUUGUCUUACUAAUUUGGUAUAGCUCAUCAUUUUGGAUUAGCUGUUUUAAGGCUCCUAUGCUUGAAGCCCAAGGAAUAUAGAAACACAUUUCAUCAGCUGGUGAGGGGCACUACUCUUUUUGCCAAAUUAUUCCUUUGCAAUACAUCGCUAUAAACAUUUGGCAGUUUUGUGAUUUAUUAUUCAAUUUGUGAAGCUGCUGGAUAUACUGGUGCCAGGCCUCGAGGAAAUUCGUUGUGGCUGACUGAAUGUAGUCUUUAUGAUGGCUUGUAUUUUUGGGCCCUACAUUGGCAAUUUGCAGAUUUUCCCUGCCAAUGAGACUGUCUUGGUCUGAUAAUUUUCUUACUCUUUUUUCAAGCAGUCUGUAGGGAGAUUGACAGUUUCAGCUAUGCUGCUCCAUAAAUGAAUGUUGAGAUUUGGCUCAGAAGCCAUUGAGGGCAGGUGGAUAGUUAUGGGCAUUUUUGAAAUAAUUUUUAUUGUUUUACAAAUGAAAAAUAAAGUCUAUUAUACAAGGUUACCCAAAGAUAAAUUUUAAUCUCAUUUAAUCUCAUUUGAUAAGAUGUUUAUCAUAAGAUGACUCCAGCAUUUAAAAAUUGUGACAAAUUGAAAAUAAAACUUCAAAAACAAUUAUAAUAGACCUCCAGCAUCAGUUGCAUAGCAAGCAUGCCCAUUUCAAACGAGAAUGUAUUCAUCUUUUAAAUACACUUUGAUUCAAGGGAAUCCUCAAUCAGUAAUAGAUAAUACUUACUUAUAACGGCUGGGAAUAAUGGAAGAGAGGAAUCAGAGCAUUUUGUCCAAUGGAUGGAAAUUUGUAAAUUGUUAAGAGUAAAACUCUUGUCCAUUGUAAGUCAGGUGCUACAAGUAUUUUAGUUUGCCUAUUUCUAAAAUCUCAAUCUUCCUAUAUUACAAAAAGGAAAACUCUGGCUAGUCUGCUUCACUAUUAUCUGCCGUUUUUAGUUUUGUAUAGGUGGCAACGUAUACAUAAAGAAUUGGACUACCAAUAGUCUUUGUAAGGCUUCUUUCCCUUUUGCAUGUAUUAUUGGUGUGAAAUUACAUCUCAGCUGCUGGGCUGUGUCUCUGCAGUCUCUGCUGCAUUGGGUUGCUCUACUGGCCAAUCACUUGGCCACAGAUGUGCAUGAUAUUAUACAAUAAUAUCCCAGUAUUUGAGAUGGGAACCUUUUUCCAAAUGAGAUACAGAAUAACCUGGCACUGGGAGUACACUUACAUGCAGCAGAUCAAAGUAGCCACAAUGGAGAUUAACGGGUGAUUGUGCGCACCCCAGCUUGAAGUAUGGACAUUUACAUCCUGGGUUAUGUUUUAUUUGUUUGGGGGCUGCAGAAAAAUGAGCUUGUGUGUUCUGCACUCUAAUUGCAGUUUCCACAAAAGGAGGAGUGUGGGUUUUAAUGGUAAUGUUUGGUGACAUAUAUGAAAAAUCCUGAAGAUAGUUAUCCAUACAACUAUCCCUUUCACUCCUGCCUAGCAUGCAAUUGUCAAUAGUAGACACCUGCAUGAUAUACAACUUCUUUUCAACUGAAUAUUUCUUUAAAAAAUGUCCUUUUGUCUCCCAUCUUGAGAAAAACAGACUUGUUCAAUUUCCACCAAGGGUUUUUAGAUAACAAUUCGUAUAUGUUGGUUCCUGUGUUUAGUUCUGCCUUUUUAUUGCCAUUCUCAGUCUGCAAGAUUUCUAUUUCUGAAUAUUGUCUGGCAAUUGUUCUCAGCUUCUAGAUUAUUGCAAAAAAUGGAGUAAUGCUCUUGUGACAAAGGGAGGCUGGCUGUUCUUGUACAGAAGCAAAACUGUUUUCCUGGAUAUUUUAGAAUAUGCUAUCAAUGUAUCAACUUCUCAAUAAAGCAUGUUCUCCGCUCUCA